GAUGAGACACUUGAAUGCAGUUGCCACCGCUACUGUGGGGCCAGCGGGGAGCAGCACCGCGACGGGGACCCGGGCUGGGCGCUGGUGCCAGGAGCAGGACAACGAUGUGACUCCGCCGCCGGGGACCCGUGAGCUUUGUGUGGACCCAGAGUUCCACCAGGUGAGAAGAGUGAUGACCAUCCUUUUCCUUACUAUGGUUAUUUCAUACUUCGGUUGCAUGAAGGCUGCCCCCAUGAAAGAAGCAAAUGUCCGAGGACAAGGCAGCUUGGCCUACCCGGGUGUGCGGACCCAUGGGACUCUGGAGAGCAUGAAUGGGCCCAAGGCAGGUUCAAGAGGCCUGACGUCACUGGCUGACACUUUUGAACACGUGAUAGAAGAGCUGUUGGAUGAGGACCAGAAAGUUCGGCCCAGCGAAGAAAACAAUAAGGACGCAGACUUGUACACUUCCAGGGUGAUGCUCAGUAGUCAAGUGCCUUUGGAGCCUCCUCUUCUCUUUCUACUUGAGGAAUACAAAAAUUACCUGGAUGCUGCAAACAUGUCUAUGAGGGUCCGGCGCCACUCUGACCCUGCCCGCCGUGGGGAGCUGAGCGUAUGUGACAGUAUUAGUGAGUGGGUAACAGCGGCAGAUAAAAAGACUGCAGUGGACAUGUCAGGUGGGACGGUCACAGUCCUUGAGAAAGUCCCGGUAUCAAAAGGCCAACUGAAGCAAUACUUCUACGAGACCAAGUGCAAUCCCAUGGGUUACACAAAAGAAGGCUGCAGGGGCAUAGACAAAAGGCAUUGGAACUCCCAAUGCCGAACUACCCAAUCGUACGUGCGGGCCCUUACCAUGGAUAGCAAAAAGAGAAUUGGCUGGCGAUUCAUAAGGAUAGACACUUCCUGUGUAUGUACAUUGACCAUUAAAAGGGGAAGAUAGUGGAUUUAUGUUGUAUAGAUUAUAUUGAGACAAAAAUUAUCUAUUUGUAUAUA